AUGGAGAACGUCAGCAAGAGGACGACACCGGCGGCGGCCGCCGCCGCUCUCGCGCUAGCCCUGCUCGUCGCCUGCGCGUGGGCGGCCCGCGGCGCGGCGGCGCAGCGGGCGAGCGGCGUGACGGCGGUGCGGAACUCGUACGCGGCGUCGUUGGCGAACUGGGACCUCAGGGCCGUCUGCGCCUACUGCGCGACGUGGGACGCCGACAUGCCGCUGGCGUGGCGGCAGCGCUACGGCUGGGCGGCGUUCUGCGGGCCGGCAGGGCCGCGCGGCGAGGCGUCCUGCGGCCGCUGCCUGAUGGUGGCGAACGCGGCGACGGGGGCGCAGGCGACGGUGCGGGUCCUCGACCGGUGCUCCUUCGGCGGGCUCGGGCUGGACCCCUUCGUGUUCAACCAGCUCGACACCGACGGCCAUGGCGCCGUCACCGGGCAGCUCACCGUCAGCUACCAGUUCGUCGACUGCCAAGACUAG